CCGGCGGGAGCGCGCCGGGAGGUCGGACGGGAUCAGCUCUCAGGCUCCAGGGGCGGCGGGCGGCUCGGUCAGCUGCGGGGAAGUCUGGUCUCUUCAGAGCCGGGGACCGCGGGCCGGGACUCGACUCCUCCGAGGAGAAAAAAUGUCAAGAAUUGCUUUAUUAAAAAAUGUAAUUGAGGAAAUAACACCAUAAUCACAAGAGGGAGAGGAAGGAAGAUGGAGAACAACAGAGAAACAUCCAUGAGAAAGAAACCUCAAUCAUCGGCCUCCUAUGGAGAUGGAGCACGAGACCUGGGCAUGUGCCCUCUCCAGGAAUCUCACCUGUGCCCUCUUGGGGCAUGGGAUGACACUCAACCAACUGAACCACACUGGCCCUGUUCACUUCCAUUCUUGUUUGUUGUUUUUAAUCCUCACCUGAGGAUAUUUUCCAUUGAUUUUUAGAGAGAGUGGAAGUGAGGGGAGAGACAGAGAGAAACAUCAAUGUGAGAGAGACACAUGGAUUGGUUGCCUUCUGUAGGGCCAGGGAUCGAGCCUGCACCUGAGAACUAAAGCCUUGUGUGUUGGGAGAGACUGAAAGCGAAAUAUUUCCUGUUGCGCACACCAAACAAGUCAGGCCAAGAUUAAUGACAUGGCAAUCGGCUGCUAAAGUAUUUGCUGCUAAUAUUAGUGGAGAGAAAUGGUGCGCCUGCACGUAAGGUCACGCCUCCAGGCCCUGCCUCUGGACCAGGCAGUGUGGCAGGAAGCAUUUGCCGGGAAACAAUGGCCAGGAACCAAAAGGAAAAGACCUUUCUUCCUCAAGUUCUCUAUCGGUCACUCCCCCGACAGCUGAGACGGGGCAUGCUUUUCUCCCACCUAAACCCAAGAAGCAUGGAGGAGUGCACCUCUAUCUCCAGCGUGCCUGCAGUCUUUCACUUCAGCCCGCAGCACUGUGCAGACCUCAAGAGCCAGUAUUUUAAAAAGGCGGCUUCAAACCUUACCUUCUCUCAGGAGGUGCUGUGGCAGCGAGGGCUAGCCAGCUUUUCUUACAGCCAGUGCAGCUUCCGUCACCUCUACAAUGCAGACAGCAUCAUCCAGCCUCCCCAUAUCAGGAAGGCCCGGCCUGAGAAACCCGUCAGCUUCAAGUUGUUGGAUUCUUCAAGUCCCUCAGCCAGGGUCAGCUCCCAGGCUGAGAAAACAGAAAGUCCUACCUAUUUUAGGAAGAAGCUAACAAAGUCCAAGUCAGGAAGCACCGUCCAGAAAAAGUCUUGCCUUCCCAUUCCUCUUUGCUGCAUGGAUCCAGACUUUCUGAGCUUGCCACCUACUCCGGAUCUGGAGCUGGAUGGGGAAACCUGGCUUCUGCCCCACGAGAAGGAGGCCAGAGCCUGGGAGGCCAUCGUGCUGGAAAAGCUGGACAAGCGCACGGCCAGAUGGAUACAGAACAAGCGUCCUUUAAGGCCCGGGGUCUCCCCCAACAAGUGGCAGAGCUUCUUGCGCCAACAAUACGACUGGAGCCACAUCCGGGAUGAGCUCAGUUCCGCCAGCGACCUGGAGCUCUUGAAAGAACUGGAGGAAGCAGAGAUGGCGGAUUUUGAGGAACAGAGUGUCACCCUGCCCACGGAGGAGAAAAAGCAGCCAGAGCUGCUGCUUCCUGUUUAUUAUCGAUUGCCCAGUUACUCGCCUCAAGAGCAGGGUGUUGAAACAACGUCUGACAACAAGGCCACUGUGGAUAUCAACGAAGAGAUCAUCUGCCAGUCCCCAGUCCAGAGCUACAGCCGGCAGGUGACUCGCCGAGCUGGAAAGUAUGCUUACUCCACCGACAACACCUUUGAACAGGAGAUUUACUUUGAUAAAGUCCAGAUCAUCCACCGGAUUGGUGCAAAGAGAGACCAAAUUUUCCUGGAGAACCUCAACCAGUACCACAAGCAGCUAGCUAAGGUCUUCCCGGAAACCCCAGAAAGGUGGACCUCCCAGCCAGUUCCUGAAGCACCUUGCAGGCCCGUGAAAGGAGCCCCGCGCUGGACUGCUUUGCCCACCCCAGUCAAGGAUCAGCUGGUGCAGGGGCGUGAGGACAUGUCCACUAAGGCCAAGAGACUGAAGAUGCAGGCGGAUUCACUGAAGGAGGAUGUGCCCUGGAAACUGCUGGUCCUGCGGAGGAUGCUGCAGGAAUGGAGGACCGCCUGGGCUCUGAUCAUCGAGUGGCGCCAUAAGACAAUAGAGGGUCUGCUGCGGGGCUUGGUGGACAUGCAUGAUGAUAUUCGGAUCCAAGCCAUCACCACGUGUGCCACCGCCGCUUUAGAACGGCCCCGGAUUGCCAUCAGGCAGGGGGACUCAGACGAGAAGACUGUGGAAGCCCCAUCAAUCCAGGACUUGCCAGAGGUUCUACUCCCGCCUCUGGAGGCUGCUCUUGGUGACCAGAAUUUCAACGUGCAGAUGGCGGCAGCAAUAUGCCAAUAUGCUAUACAGUCACAUAAUCCCCUUGCCCAGGACAUCAUGCAUACUGCCCUUUUGAAAGGUAAUACCGUGGACAGCUGGGCUGCAGCUCAGUGCCUGGCUCUGGAUGGCGUGGACAUUUACCCUGUGAUUAAGAGGAUCCUCCAUCAGCUGUUUCACAAGAAGAAUGAGGACACUGAGCACCAGGCUUGCCUGCUCCUGAGCCAUCUCAGUGGGAAGAUGACCCUGAUACACACCAUGCUUGCUGUGGAGCUGAAUAGCCAUCAAUGGAAGGAUCGGGUUGUGGCCUGCCGGGCUCUUUCACGGGUCAGUGGAAAUGUCUGUUUGGAUAUGAAACAUAAGUUGAUCCAGCUGAUGUGGAGUGACUGGAAUAAGGAAGUAAGACAAGCAGCUGCCGAAACUCUGGGGCGAAUGAAUCUUGGGAAAGAGCUGCAUGAUACAAUCAGAAUCAAGCUGAGUCUAGGAAACUCCCAAGAGCGCGUGGAAGCCCUGUCUCUGAUUGGUGGGCUCAAGCUCAUGACCGCCAAGCUUUUCCCCAGCUUCCUAAACUGCUUCUCCGAUGACUUCAUGGCAGUUCGGCGAGCAGCCUGUUUAGCAGCAGGUGCCCUGCAGAUCCGUAACACAAUGGUUUUUGAAUGCCUCCGGAAUCUGAUACAGAAAGAUCCUUACUGGAAAAUCAAGGCCUUUGCCCUUCGAGCUUUGGGACAGAUUGGCCAAGUGAGUCCCCAGCUGACAGACCUCCUGCUCUGGGCUAUACACUAUGAAGCGUCACCAGGUGUACGUCUGGAAGCUUGCCGUAGCAUCCUAGCCCUCAACCUUCAAGGGGACCGGGUCAGGGACACCUUCCUAGACGUGCUGCUCCUAGAAAAACAUGAUGCUGUUCUAAAGGAAAUUCACCAGGCAAUGAAGAUACUCAAGAUAGAACGUGAAGGAAACAAAGAAAUGCUUCAGGAGGUCAAGAACAGGAUUCAAACACUAAAUCAAAAGGACUUGCUGACGCAGAAAAUAUUCAAGAUAGAGAAGGUCAUAAAAAAAGUAAAGGGGGAAGCAAAACAUAUUUACUUGCAACCCAAAGAGGGGCAAAAACCACAGAAACUACAUACUUUUCUUCAAGAAACUUUUCAAGAUGUGGUGGUUCCUAAAACAUCCUCUGAGUUUUUUGACACUGCAGCAGGCCUAAAGCCUGUGAGAUCUCGCACACCAGGUCCCUGGUCACGGAGUCCAGCCUUUGACCUAAACACAAGAAGGAGAAAUCAAUCAUCACUUGUCAAAGAUCUACGCACCCCCUGGGAAAAAAGGAUUGCAAUGGGACCGUUUGGAUCUGACAGCGCAGAUUUCUAGCUGAGACAAGGUUUGUCCAGGGUCAUAUCCUCUUCCUUUGGAAGGAAAGGUGAUUAUUUCUAGGAUGAACCCUUCUCUUGCUCCAAGACACAGGUAGCAGUGAACCCAGUCAUAUUCUUUCAUUGAUGUUUUAUAAUCUGUCAUUAUGCUUAUAAAAAAUAUCUAUUUAAUAGUAGACUUGUAUUUUUAUUAAAUACUAGAGGCCCAGUGCACGAAAUUCGUGCACGGGUAGGGUCCCUAGGCCUGGCCAGCGAUCAGGGCUGAUAGGGGCCUUCAGGCUGCCAGCCGGGGCCUUCCUUCAUUCCACACCACCCUCUGGUGGUCAGAGCACAUCUUAGCAAACAAUCGAACUCCUGGUUUCCGGGUCCAACUCCCACAGGGACACUUUGCAUAUUAGCCUUUUAUAUAUAUAGAUAUUUUUUAUUGAUUUCAGAGCGGAAGGGAAAAGGAGAAAGAGAUAGAAAUAUCAAUGAUGAGAGAGAAUAAUUGAUCGGCUGCCUCCUGCACGCCCCACACUGGGGAUUAAGCCUACAACCCGGACAUAUGCCCUGAUCGGGAAUCAAAUGUGACCUCCUGAUUCACAGGUUGACGCUCAACCACUGAGCCACACUGGCAGGGCUAGACUUGGUUUUUAAAUAUAUUUUAUUGAUUUUUUUACAGAGAGAAAGGGAGAGGAAUAGAGAGCCAAAAACAUCGGUGAGAGAGAAACAUCGAUCAGCUGCCUCCUGAACACCGUCUACUGGGAUGUGCCCACAACCAAGGUACAUGCCCUUGACUGGAAUCGAACCUGGGACCCUUCAGUCCACAGGCCAAUGCUCUAUCCACUGAGCCAAACCGGUCAGGGCUAGACUUGGUUUUUAAUGUGUACCAUUUACACAGAGGGUUAAAGACAUCACAUUAAAUGAUAGAGCAUAUUUUUCCAUAUCCCAGAAAAGUCAUACUAAAUAUAGGUCAGAGCUUCAAGUUUUACUAGAGUAAAAAUGCUGAAAGACCCAGCAUCUUUUGCAAGAGCUUUCUGAAAUC